AUGUCACAUUAUGGUAGUAGUAACUAUGAUGGGGACCUAUUGGGAUCUAAUCCCCUGGUUUCAGCGAUAGAACUACAAGAAGAUCGCAAGAAAAUACAUCAAUCCCUUCCACAGUUGAACAAAAGAAAUGGACCAAAUAAUUUAGUCAGUGUCAAUACGCAUAAACAAUCCCCAAUUACAGAGUUGAAUAUGCAUUUUCCUAGUCAUAAUAAUAAAGGCUUAAAUCGUGUGUUGAAUAAACGUCAAAUUCACAUGAAUAACCAUAUAAACAGUAAUACUAACACUAAUAAUAAUGACAACAACGUCAAUCAUAUCAAUGAAAGUAAUGAGAGCAAUGCAUUCGAUUAUUCUGUGAACAGAGAUGAAGAAGACUUUUAA